GCUUAUGUAAAUAUUACAUCAAGCCACUUACAAUUCACAUUAUCGUUCCAUUAUUCAAGUUUUUAUCAACUAAGGUCAAACCAUACGACGAAAUUUGUUUUCGUAUUUAAUCGCUUUGAUAACGGUAUACGUUAUCGUCAGUAGUCCACAGCAAACUCGUCGGUCGGUCGUGUAUAAAUGCGUAAUUUAUAAAGUGAAAAUGUUAAAUCUAGUAAGAGGAAUACGGCGAUUGAAUGCCCAAUGCCGGCGGUACAGCUAUGCAACAGUGAUAGGAAGCGAGCCGAACAAAAAUGACCCAUACUACCAAGAAAAUAAAGCUAAAAUGGACGAACUGGUAGAGGAGCUUCGGCAGAAAACAAAUGACGCUAUCAAAGGCGGACCCGAAGAGGCGGUAAAGAGGCACACGGCGAGAGGAAAAUUGCUCGUGAGAGACAGGAUUAACCGGUUAGUGGACGAAGGAAGCGACGUUUUAGAAUUGAGCACGUUGGCCGCCACCGACAUGUACAAAGGUCAGGUUCCGUGCGCCGGCAUAGUUACAGCUAUCGGCAAAGUUCAAGGUCGGGACUGCAUGAUCGUUGCGAACGACGCUACCGUUAAAGGAGGGACCUAUUUUCCUAUGACGGUGAAGAAGCAUUUGCGCGCGCAGGCAAUCGCAGAGGAGUGUCGGCUUCCGUGCAUUUACCUCGUCGACUCCGGAGGUGCUCAUUUACCAGAUCAAGCUGACGUUUUCCCCGACAGGGAGCAUUUCGGACGAAUUUUUUAUAACCAAGCGAACAUGUCCGCCGAAGGCAUCCCGCAAAUAUCUGUAGUGAUGGGAUCGUGUACCGCCGGAGGUGCUUAUAUUCCCAGUAUGUCGGACGAAAGUAUUAUUAUUAAGAACCAGGGUACAAUUUUUCUAGCCGGCCCACCGCUCGUGAAAGCGGCCACAGGAGAGUCCGUAUCGGCUGAGGAUUUAGGAGGUGCUGAUCUACACUGCAGACAAUCUGGGGUAACUGAUCACUACGCUCAAGACGACGAACACGCCUUACAUUUAGCUAGAAAUGUAGUCGCUAACCUGAACUGGAACAAUGAUAAAAGCGCCAGAAAUAAUCCACUAAAAGUUGACGAGCCGUUACAUGACAUCGAAGAGUUGCAUGGCAUCGUCGGCGCAAACAUUCAAAGACCUUUCGAUAUCCGAGAAGUAAUUGCCAGAAUAGUAGACGGGAGUAGGUUUCACGAAUUCAAACAGCUUUACGGAGACACAUUAGUGUGUGGAUUUGCAUCGAUAUAUGGUCAGCCUGUGGGCGUUAUAGGCAAUAAUGGUGUUUUGCAAUCAGAAGCCGCUUUAAAAGGUUCGCACUUCAUACAACUCUGUGCUGCUCGUAAAAUACCGCUUCUGUUUCUUCAAAAUAUCACCGGUUUUAUGGUUGGCAGAGAAGCCGAGGCAGGUGGAAUUGCUAAGAAUGGCGCAAAAAUGGUAACAGCUGUGAGCUGUUUUAAAGGACCUAAAGUAACUAUUUUAAUAGGUGGCAGCUUCGGAGCUGGCAACUAUGGAAUGUGUGGAAGGGCUUACUCCCCAAGUUUCCUUUAUAUGUGGCCUAAUGCUAGGAUCUCUGUGAUGGGUGGGCCUCAAGCUGCUACCGUUUUAUCAUUAGUCGCAAAAGAGAAGGCUUUAAGGGAUAAGAAGACUUGGACUGACGAAGAUGAGAAGAAAGUGAGAGCACCAUUGGAAGCUACAUUUGAAAAAGAAGGUCGACCAUAUUUUAGUACCGCUCGGUUAUGGGACGAUGGCAUAGUGGCUCCAAGAGACACAAGAAAAAUAAUAGGACUUAGUUUAUCGACUGCUUUGAAUGCCCCAUUCAGAGACAGUAAAUUCGGUGUAUUCAGAAUGUGAGCUAUACGUAUGAUAAUUAAGUGAGUGUGUGAUAAUUAUUGUGGGACAACGAUAAAACAUUUUAACGUGAUAAUAAUGACAGACUUUAGUAACAUGUAAUUUAAUUUGUGUUUGAUUGCGCUAUCAGUUAUUAUAUUUAGUUAUUACACAA